GUCCAGAAUGGAAAAAAAAUCAUCGUCCGGAAAGUAAAGAAUCAUUGGUCUUCGAUUUUCCAUUGAAUAUGACAAAACCUCCUACGACUUAUCUCAACGCAUCAAUCACAAAUUUGUUUUAUUGGAACAAUAUGAUCCAUGAUUUAUUCUAUCGGUACGGGUUUAAUGAAGUUGCUGGAAACUUUCAAGAGGAUAACAACGGAAAAGGUGGAAAGGGCAAAGACGCUGUAAUUGCUAAUGCACAAGAUGGCUCUGGACUUAACAAUGCUAAUUUCGCAACACCUCCUGACG